AUGGACGAAAUAGAUAAGAAUAAGCUAGAGGAGAUUUGCCGGUCGAUUGUAAACGCGGCUGAUUUGACAGAGAUAACUAUGAAGCAAGUUAGACGAGCCGCAGAAUCGAGACUUAAGCUAAAAGAAAAGCUCUUGGAUAAUCAACCAUGGAAGAGUAUUAUCGAAGAAAUUGUUAACGAGACGAUAGAGCAAAAAGAUCAGAAUGACGAGAAACCAUCUGAAAGCUCAGAAUCUAUGAAAAGGGGAGAACCCCUUAACAUUUCUAAGAAAUCAUCCGAUGCAAAGAAAGAGUCGGUGAAAUCGAGUAAAGCAGUUCAAUCUAAAAAGAAAAAAGAAAAGUUUGAUGAAACUAAAAAUGAGAUCAAAGAUGAACUCAAUGAUUCGUCAACGUCAGUAUUAGAAUCUCAGGGAGGUGGGCCAUUUGCAGAAAUAUUUAAACCAAUGUUGGAUAAGUCAUCCUCAAAUCACAAGGCCGAGAGCAGACUUAAACAAAAAUCUGAUAGAGAAAGAGAGACAAAUGAUUCUGGCACCACUCCUCCAGUAAGGAUUAAGAUUGAAGAUGAAACGUCAGAAAUAUCAAUUAAAGAAGAACAAACAAAUUCGGAUCAACCGAAGAAUGACGAAAUGGAGACAUCUUGUUUAAGUCCAAAGACGGGUAAUCUAAAAGCUGAUGCUACCGAAUCCGAAUUGUCACAGGUCGAGAGUGAAGUCACUGUUUCGAGCAAUAUAAAACAAAUAAAGCAUUCUAAAAAAGCUUACAGAAAAGGUACCACGUCCUCAGCAAAAAGUCGAAUUAAUGAUGACAUCAUGGAUACAAGUGAUGAUAGCAAAUCGAACGAGUCAGAUUACGACGCGUUUGAUCCGAAUAGUGUGGAAUCAGGCGUGAAAAAAAAAAAAAACAAUCAAACGAGACGUAAGAACUUACAUGAGGUUGAUGCAAGUGAAGAUAAUGAAUAUAGUGAAAAACGAACAGUUCAUAAGGAUGACAUUAAUGUAAAAUCUGAAGAUAUCUUAAGCUUGGUAACUGAGAAGAAACAAAAAUCUUCACAAAAGACGUCAAAGAAGAGACGCGCCUUGAUUCGUGAUUCAGACUCAGAAGCUGAAGUCAGGGAACGGUUAAACCCGAAACGAAGAAAUAUUUCUCAGCGAAAAAGUAUAGUUGAAGAUGGUGGAUCGGUUAUGGCACUAGAAAAUAAGGUAGCAAAAGAGUCGGAUCAAGUUGAGGUCUUUAUAGAUUCCGUAAAAUCCAAAAAGUCCUCACUUAUUAGAGCAGGAAAGAAAAAAAGUCGUGAAAUUGAAGUGAUUAUCGAGAAAGAUGCGGCAGGAGAUUCGGAUAGCACGAUACAAGGUGAUCAGGUGGAAACUGGGGAAUUAGAGGGCGGUGCGAAGAAAAUAUCUGAUGAAGAUGCAAAAACACAGAGGUCGACGAAUAAACAUACAAGUUCUAAUGAUGAUUUGAGCUCUCUCGAAGACGAAACACCGCCAAGAAAAAGGCGAAAGACUGUGAAAGUAAAAAACGUUGCAGUUGACACGGCCGGGGAGAAAGACGAAGAAGCAACUAUUAAGGAAUUGAAGACGUUUAUCGUGAAGUCAAAAGAGUUGGCAGGUUGUAACUCGGCUUCAAGCCAAAUCCAGAGAUUAAACCAAAUCCUUAAAGACAUAGGGAUGAAAGGUCGACCCACGCUCGAAAAAUGUAAAAGGAUUUCUGCGCGCCGAGAAUUAGAAUUAGAAAUGAAUGCUAUUGAUGUUGGUAAUAUCAUUCCUGAUGAUGAGAAAGAAUCUCGCAAGUCACGAGCCUCCAGGGGCAUAUUUAAUCCCACGGGUCGUCGUGCAACGUCUCUUGCACGUCAAUCUUCGGAGUCAGAAGACGACGACGACGCAGAAAGUGAAGAUGAUGGAGAUAAGAAUGAAGAAGAUGAGGACAAGAAUGAAGAAGAUGAGGGCAAGAAUGAAGAAGAUGAGGACAAGAAUGAAGAAGAUGAGGACAAGAAUGAAGAAGAUGAGGACAAGAAUGAAGAUGAGAACAAGAAUGAGGAUGAGAACAAGAAUGAAGAUCCGUCUUCGGAAAAAAGCUGA